CCAAAGCCCCGCCCCGCGCACCGGCCGCGAUGGCGGCGGAGGGCGAGGAGUCGGGCUCCGGGGAACCGGAGCUCGAGGAGUUCGUGUACGGGGAGGAGGACUUCGUGCAGCAGGCAGCCGGGUGGGAGCCCGAGCCCGAGCCCGACUCCGCGCUGUCCCGCUUCGACCGGGCACUGCUGGACAGCUGGACCGACAGGAUGGAGCGCGGCUUCUUCCGGUACCGGCUGGGGCCGCUGCCCACCCGUGUCCUGCCCGGCCCCAUGCGCCUCGUGGCCCAGCUCAACGUCCAGCGGAGCACGGAGCGCCGCCCGCCGCAGCUGGUGCACAGCCUCCGGCAGCCCUUCGACCCCUGCGCCUUCAACUUCACGCGGCUGCGGCGCGCCGAGGUGCUGCUCCGGCUGCGCGGGGCCGGCGCGGCCGCCCCCGACCCGCUGCUGGUGGCCAUCAACGCCAGCCCGCUGGAGCGCGGCCACGUCCUGCUGCUGCCGGACCCGGCGCGGCGGCUGCCGCAGGCGCUCACGGCGCCCGCGCUGCGCGGGGCUCUGGAGGCCGCGUUCCUCAGCGCGCACCCGGGGUUCCGCGUGGGCUUCAACGGCCUCGGCGGCCGCGCCUCCGUGAACCACCUGCACCUCCACGGCUUCUACCUGCCCCGGCCGCUGCUGGUGGAGGCGGCGCCGGCCCAGCCGCUCUGCCGCGGCCUCAGCAUCCUGCGCGCCGUCCCCGCGCCCGCCUUCCUCUGGUACGCGGCGGGCCCCGCGGCGCUGCCGGCGCUGUGCCAGGACGUGUGCCGGGCCGCGGAGCACCUGCUGGGCGCGGGCCUGGCCUACAACGUCUUCGCGACGCGGGGCGAGGCGCCGGAGGGCGGCGGGGCCGGGCGCGGGCUGCGGGUGCUGCUGUGGGCGCGGCGGCCCAGCUUCGGGAGCGCGGCGGGCGCGGGCCUGGAGGUGGCGCUGUGCGAGCUGGCGGGGUUCCUGCCGCUGCCGGCCGCGCCGCUCUUCCAGCGCAUCACCGAGCGGGAGGCGCUGGGCGCCAUCCGCGAGCACCUGCUCCCGGAGCCCGAGCUGCUGCGCCUCGGCGGGGACCUGGCGCGGCUCCUGCAGCGCUGAACCGGCACCGGCGGAGGA